AUGUCGGACAACUCGAGGCCCGGUAGCAUCAACGAGACCCAGGAGAAGAAGAAGACCAGGAGACCCGCCAACACCGCGUUCCGCCAGCAGCGCCUCAAGGCAUGGCAGCCCAUCCUGACCCCAAAGACGGUCAUCCCGCUCUUCUUCGUCAUCGGCCUCAUCUGCGCUCCCAUCGGCGGCUUGCUCAUCUACGCCAGCUCAACUGUCAAAGAGAUCCAGAUUGACUACACCAACUGCAACGCGGAGGCGAAAGAGGAGCAGGAGCCAAUGCCCGCGGGCAGGCUCCAGGCGUACAUGUCCAAUGCCGACCAGGCUACUGCGCUCUGGUCUCGCGAGACGGGUGUCAGGCACACCUACAAUGGCGACUACGAGCUGCAGAACCUCACGAGGUGCACCAUCCAGUUUCACCUGCCCGCCGAGAUGCACCCGCCCGUCUAUUUCUAUUACCGCCUCGGCAACUUUUAUCAGAACCACCGCCGCUACGUGGCCAGCUUCUUCGACAGGCAGCUCAAGGGAGACGCCGUGUCGGCCGCCGACGUCAAAGGCAGCACCUGCACGCCUCUGACUGGCCCCAAUGACAACCAGCAGUACUACCCCUGCGGUUUGAUUGCCAACUCGCUGUUCAACGACACAUACUCUAAUUUCACCCUUCUCAACUCCAACGAAGGCUCGCAGAACGAGACCUACGACAUGACCACCAGAGGCAUCGCUUGGGCUUCUGACAAGGACCUGUACGGUCCCACGCAGUUGACUGAUUACGAGAAUGUCCUGCCGCCGCCCAACUGGCAGAUCCGGUACAGGGACGGGAAGUAUUCCGCCGAUGCGCCGCCGCCGAACCUGCAGAACGAUGAGCACUUCAUGGUGUGGAUGCGCACUGCUGGUCUGCCGACAUUCAGCAAGCUGUAUGCCAAGAACGAGAAUGACGUGAUGAAGAUCGGCGACUACAGCAUCGCCAUUCUGGACAACUUCCGUGCCACCGAGUACGCCGGCACCAAGAGCAUUGUCAUCACCACGCUGUCACCGAUGGGCGGCCGCAAUACCUUCCUGGGUAUCCUGUGGCUCGUUGUCGGCGGCUUCUGCAUCCUGCUUGCCGUAAUCUUCCUCAUCACCAACCUCAUCAAGCCCAGAAAACUCGGCGACCACACCUACCUGUCGUGGAACAACGCACCCGCCUCGGCCGCGGCGAAGGGCAAGGGCAAGGCCGCCUCUGGCCCUUCUACUGCCGUGGCAACUGGACGCGAGAUAUGA